AACGGCAUUCAAUCGUCAGUCGAGGCUUAACGCCCGAAGAAGAAACAUACAUUCAAGGAAAGGAAUCCCGCGUAGAGCUCUAACAGCUUAACAAAAGAGAGAAAAAAAACUACAACCCAUCCCCAUUCAGUAAGAAGGGUCGGGCUGGAAAGAGACGAAACAUCGUGUGUGCGAGAGUGAGAACCGAUCGGGAAGUAACAAGAAGAAGAAGCCAAAGCAGCAGACGAGGACAGUAACAGAGAUUUCAGUGUUAUUCAAUCCGGGAAGAGGCAAAGCAGUCUCGCGCAAGUAAGAAAAAGAUCGUGAACCGAGAAGAACGAACGUACGGUCGGACGGCGGCCAUUCGACGAGAGUUGGCUCCGAUAUCGCCAAACGGGAACACGGGCACUAUAGCUGAGGAGCAGCCGCGGCUCUAGCGCGUGUGAGUGUUGGGCAAGACGAGAAGAAAAUCGAUAUUAUGUGAAUGUGUCAAAAUCAGGUCACUGUGGAUUUAAAGCUGCAGCAAGCAUCCCGUGCCUAAGUGGAAAGGAGCCUGGGUGGCUGAUUAGUCUUUAAGGCACAAGGCAAUCAGUGUUCCGGCGAAAAGAUUGUGGGUUUCUAAAGUGCAGCAGCAAGUGAUCGCAAGCAAGAGAAUCGUGUUUAUGUUUAUUGGGCGAUUCGCAACAUUUUUGGGAAAAUAAAAACGGGCAAAAAUUUUCCGUUUUUGCUACCCUCCCGAUAUAGUGAAGACUGAGCUGUGUAGAACGAGAAGCAUCGCAGAACAGGAGAUUUAAUAGCAGCAGCCGGAGUCUCAGUUCUACGAGGCCAACGUUCGAACUAUCAGCACCACUUUAUUUCACGAAGACUGAGUUUUAGCAGCCAACUUUGCCGACUCACGCAAAAGUUCGCUGCCGCAGAAGCCGCAGACCACAGAGCGCAGUGGUUUGGAAUUUGUUGGAUUAAUGUUCCUGAUAAGUGUAAACUAGUGAUUAUAAAGAAAAGGAAGAAUCUAAAAAAAGGCACCAUAAAUGCUAGUGUUUGGAACAUAAAGUUGAAGCAUAUCGAUUGGAUUCGAAGCAAAAGUCAUAUUGUUGAAAUUCGGUGCCAAAUGUGUGGUUAAUUGGAGUGUGUGCUCACAAGCAGCUGAUAUUCCAAUGAAAAGUGGUUGAGGUGUGUAAAGUAAAGUGUCAUUCACCCGUGAAGAGUGGUUUGAAUACCACAUCGGGGCUUAACGUUGGAGUGGAAUAAAAUCAAUACUACCAACGCCGUGAGCAGCAGUAGCAGUAGCAGCAGGAUGGCAAUGGCAGCGUGUUAUCCAAACUACGACCUUUCGUCGUCGUCGGGAAUGUCGCAGCACCAGCAGCAGGCUCAGUUGCAUCACAUGCCGGUGUCGUCGCGGCUCUCCAGCGCUACGCCGAUGGCCCAGAAGGACUACAGCAUUCCCCUGCACGUGGACUGCAGUGUGGAGUACGAGUUACCAAAUCAGGCGAAGCCCCCGGUGGGGGCUCGAGUGGAACCGCUGCUGAUGAUACACCCGUGCUAUUUCCGCAAGAUGGAAAGCCAGCGGCGGAGUCCAUUCGUAAACAAUAUGCCAAAUUCAUCUCGUAGUUCUAAUUCACUUGUUGCCAAUGUUGUUGAUUCGUCGUCAUUGAGUCGACGUAGCUCAAAAUCUAGUUCCCAACAGGCACAACAACAACAGCAACAACAACAGCACGUUGUGGUGUCUAGUCAUCAAAACAGCAGUAUGCACCAUCACCAGAAUCUGCAGCAGCAGAUCGAUGAGUACGUACAGCGCCAAAUGGCGCAGCGAUCCCAACAAGCUCACUACCCUGUUGGGACGAACAGUCAGCAACAGCAGCAGCAGUCACAGCAUGUUCAAUCUCAACAUCAUCGCCAUCAUACCCAUCAGCCACAGCCUCAGCAGCAGCAGCUUCAUCAACAGCAGCAACAGUCACAUUUAACCAGUCAGCAGCAAACCACAAAUCAAUACAACUUACAAAGUCAUCAGCAGCAGCAGCAACAGCAACUAGCAAAUACCUCAGACUGGAGCCGUUAUAUGGGCCCCGACGGGGUUGUCCGGAGCUACGGAAAAGUCAACCUAGCCAAUCAAACUGCCUACAGCAACAGCAACAGCAGCAGCAGCAAGUCAAAAGCCAUUAAGCGUAGUAAUACGGGUAUGCCUCAGAUGGCGCACGCAAAUGCCGCCGGCACUGGCCAGCAGCAACAGAAUCUGAUGCCUGCUAGCUGCGCUGCGUUCAACAGCGGCGGCAGUUUGGAGGGUGGCUUACCAUCCGCUCCCCGAUGGGAUAUCGAAAAGACUUCAAUGGCCGCAGUGCCUCGUGAUUUCCAGGCUGGGCCUGAAUCGUUACCGAUCAAAGCGAACGCUAGUCUACUGGCGGGUGGCAACACUUCGCAAACUACCGGCAGUAACAACAACUAUCAACCGUCGGCAACGAUGUAUCGCAACCCGUCGGUUGUUGGCAAACGCGACGCUAUGCUUUCUGGAGGCUGUGGUGUAUAUAGUAAUAGUAGUAACAACAACAAUAACAAUAAUACUACCAACAAUAAUAGCACGGAACUUGGACUGACUGCCAGCGGACUGUGGGACCCGGCGGCACUGCUGGAAAAAAGUCCAAUGGCCGCGAUACCCCGCGAUUACCAAGCUGGGCCGGAGCAUUUGGCGUGCAGCAAGAUGGGCGCCGCUGGAAGUGGCAUGUUGACUUCCGGUCACUCGCUAAUGCGUACCACGGCCAUCAACAAUAACCAUCACAGCAACUCCAACAACAACAGCAGCAGUGGCGGCGGCGGCGUUUAUCCGUCAGACAAGGGUCUUUUCGUGGGCAAAUAUAGGCAACAUCAGCGGCCGUCCCAUCGGCUGCAUCCGUACAUGAUGACCAGCUCGAUGGGUGGCUCGUUUCCGCCGCUGAUGACUCCAGCAUUCCCGCAGAUGCAGCAAGUGUCGUGCUACAAUGUGUGAUUUUAAUGCGCAGAGCAAAGAGAGAAUCGACCCCGAUGAAAAAAAAAGAAAUGAUGAAAGUUAAUGUGAAGCAGAAGUAAUAAUUUAUUAAUGAUUAAUCAUUGCUAUAAUCUCUUUGUUUGUGUCUUAUAAUGACGAAGAACAUGAAGGCAAAAUGUAUAAAAAGUAUAAUCGAGCAACUUUUUUCGUUGCAUUUAAAUGUGAUAGUAGUAUUACUCCAAGCAACUUCGAAAGAUAGUAAAGAAAAUAAUAAUUACAAAAUAGGAUACAAGUUAAGAAAAAAAAUAUCGCUAUAUAUAUAAAAAAUAUGUGUUCCAAAGAAAGUCAUGCGAAACAUAGUGAAUGCAAGAAUACACAGCAAAACAAAUGUUUAGAACUGCCGCCGGAAGUUAUGAACGGAGCCGAUGAAAACUGCAGCAGCGAAGAAAGAAGAAAAAGUUUGAAAAAUCCAGAAUCGCAGAAAAAAUUGAAGUUUACCGUGUGAUGCUCAUCAGUCCGCAAAAAAAAAAAGUACGGAAAACAAAAGCUAAAAAUAUGAAGUUCGUCCGGAGGCUAUCGUGUAAAAAUGACAAGUAGGAAAGUUUGGAGCCACCGCCAGCAUGGAUUACCGUCAACAUUCCCCCGACUGUCCCAGUGACUAAUGCGUUGAAGUCUGUGUGUGUACUCGGCGCAGCAUCCGGGAGAAGCAGCUUCGCUUCCCUCAUCAAUAUUCAUCAGCAUCCUCAGCAGCAGUUCCUUUUUUUAAUGGUUGACGCGAAAUCCGGGGGUGUUUCUCGAGAGCUCCGACUUCACCGAGCAGCAUAAACGAGGAUGUCCGCGCGCUUUCACCGAGGCGCCAGCCCCAUCGAGGACCGACAGUUGUUUCUGCCAACUUUUCCAAGUGCUUUCACGGAUUAAUUGGAUUAUAAAAACAGUUAUUCUCCUGCCAGUACUUCGUUCCGACACUCAUCUCCUCGCUAAUAACGUACACUCACGGAAGAAACACCCACACACACACACACAUACACAGACAUACACACACACACACACAUUCACAUUCACAACCAUGCAAAGUAACUCUCAUCGAUUUGAUUGCAAACCGAGGGAUUAGGACUGAUUUCCAGAGAGUAUAGAUAAAAGUAACAAAUGCAAAGGAAGCUAACGAAAAAAAUUAAGAAAAAAAAAACAUUAGAUACAUUCUGCAGAACUUAAUGCUUGCUCUCGAACUCUAUUGUUACGUUUUUAGUUUCAGUCUAUAUUUUCUUGUUCAUUAUAAUAGUAGUCGAUCAUUUUUGUGUUUUUUUUUUUUUAAUUUUGUUUUCUAUUCCCUUACUGCCACUCGUUUUUCUAUUACAGCUGUCUAAAUUCCGUUAAAUUAAACAAAAGAGUAGCGUCCAAAAACAUUAUAGAUGGAGGCAAAACUUAGAAAAAAAUACUAUCGUAAUUCCUCUCUCGCAGUGAACCUUAUCCGUACGAGGGAUUCUUUCCCGAAUAAGUGUCUAUAGGAUUUCCUCACGACGACUUAACCAUUGAUAGGCUCCUAACUAUAGAAUCUUGCUUUCUCCUGUUGUUUCGCCACACUCCCCCUCACUUCCCUCUCGUUUACCUUUUUGCGUUCUGUACUGGAUGGGAAGAGGAAUUUAUGUUGAUGCUUUAAUGAAACAAAAACAAACAAAAAAAAGUAUAAGAAAAACAUAGCGAAACAAAAAACAAAAGUCGUUGGAAAAAUAUUAAGCAAAAAUUGUAUUGAAAUUAAAAAUUAUACCAAAAGUAACCGAAACAAAACAAAAAAAAAUAUUAGUGAGAGGAAGGGCAGAUAGAAGGCAAAGAAUCGCAAGUUAUGUCUUAUGUAAACGCCCCCCCCCAAAACCUGUAACGGGGACAGUCGUAUCUUUGUUUGUACAUAUUCUUUAGGAAAAAAAAAAACAAUUUAAAACGUGGAAAAAGAGCACACGCACAUACUGUAGCUGUGCGUCUUGAACACACAGGCAUGGAAUAGUCGUGACAGAGAGGGAUAACAGAAGAAAAACAAACAGCAAACCAAUUGUGUAUAAAUUAUGAUAAUUUAAUUAUUUAAAACUGGUUAAAAAUGAUGGAAAACCACGAAAAAAUCAAAUGAAAAUAAUAAUCGCUCUUAUGCAAAAAGUUGAAA